UGUUAUCCGUCCCGUCUGACCUCGUUUCCGUCUCGGUAGACAGACUUUUGUCUGCCGGCAUUUUCUUUUUAUUUCGCCGGUGCGCUUUCAGCUCGUAGAUUUUUUUCGCCUGUUUUAUAGGCCGGCAGCAUAUAUUUCUUCUUAUCCCAUUUUUUCACCGCAGUCUACAACACAAUGCCAGGUUUUUCAGACAGAGAUCGUGGCAGAGACCGAGGAAGAUAUGGCGGUGGGCCUCCUCGUUUUGGUGGUGGUGGAGGAGGCAAUAGGGGUGGACCUCCUCCUGGAAAGUUCGGCAACCCUGGUGAGAGGCUGCGAAAGAAGCACUGGAACCUCGAUGAGCUUCCCAAGUUUCAAAAGAACUUCUACCAGGAGCACCCAGAUGUCACCCGCAGACCACUUCAAGAGGUUGAACAGUACCGAAGAAGCAAAGAAGUGACGGUUAAAGGCAGAGAUUGCCCCAAACCGAUCGUGAAGUUCCACGAAGCUGCAUUUCCAAGCUACGUUAUGGAUGUAAUUGUCAAACAAAACUGGACUGAACCAACUCCAAUCCAGUCUCAGGGGUGGCCCGUAGCCCUGAGUGGCAAAGACAUGGUUGGAAUCGCUCAGACUGGCUCUGGGAAGACCCUUGCAUACCUUCUGCCUGCAAUUGUGCACAUCCAACACCAGCCAUUCUUGGAGCAUGGAGAUGGGCCUAUUUGCUUGGUGCUGGCACCAACCCGUGAGCUGGCCCAGCAGGUGCAGCAAGUGGCGGCUGAAUAUGGCAGGGCCUCCCGUCUGAAGAGCACCUGCAUCUAUGGCGGGGCGCCCAAAGGGCCCCAAAUCAGGGACCUUGAAAGAGGUGUUGAGAUUUGCAUCGCUACUCCGGGUCGUCUCAUUGAUUUCCUGGAGUGCGGUAAGACUAAUUUGCGUCGUUGCACCUAUCUGGUGCUGGACGAAGCUGACCGCAUGCUGGACAUGGGAUUUGAACCUCAGAUCCGCAAAAUAGUGGACCAAAUUCGGCCAGACCGUCAGACCCUAAUGUGGAGCGCCACCUGGCCUAAGGAAGUUCGUCAACUGGCUGAGGACUUCCUGAAGGACUAUGUCCAGAUCAAUAUCGGAGCACUGCAGCUCAGUGCCAAUCAUAACAUCCUGCAGAUAGUUGAUGUUUGCAAUGACCUUGAGAAGGAGGACAAACUGAUCCGUUUGCUGGAGGAGAUCAUGAGUGAAAAGGAGAACAAGACCAUUAUUUUUGUGGAGACCAAAAGACGUUGUGAUGAGCUCACCAGGAGGAUGAGGAGAGAUGGGUGGCCUGCAAUGGGAAUCCAUGGAGACAAGAGCCAACAGGAGAGGGACUGGGUCCUUAACGAAUUCAGAUAUGGCAAAGCGCCGAUUCUCAUUGCUACAGAUGUGGCCUCCCGCGGCUUAGAUGUGGAGGAUGUGAAAUUUGUCAUCAAUUAUGACUACCCUAACUCUUCCGAGGAUUAUAUCCACCGCAUUGGACGCACAGCCCGAAGUCAAAAAACGGGCACAGCCUACACCUUCUUCACCCCCAACAACAUGAAACAAGCCAGUGACCUGAUCUCUGUGCUCCGCGAGGCCAACCAGGCCAUUAACCCCAAGCUGAUCCAGAUGGCAGAGGACAGAGGAGGUCGUGGAAGGGGGGGAAGAGGUGGCUACAAGGAUGAUCGUCGGGAUAGGUAUUCUGGGGGUGGGAGGAGUAACUUCAGUGGUAGUAGCUACAGGGACAGCGACAGAGGGUUCGGCAGUGGGCCGAAGAGCUCCUUUGGUGGCAGUAAGGCCCAAAAUGGUGGCAACUAUGGAGGCAAUAGUGGUAACUCUAGUGGUAACUAUGGUAGCAGCAAUUACAGCAACAGCAAUGGACAGGGUAAUUUUGGCGCUCCUACAAACCAGGUGGGUGGCUUUGGUAACCAAGGCUUCCAGGGUCCCCCUCAGUUUGGGGGUAUGCAGAGGGCCGCUCAGAAUGGUAUGAACCACCCACCAUUCCCAUUCAACUCCCAGCCACCGCCCCCACAGGCCCAGCAGCAGCCACCGCCACCACCACCAAUGGUGCCCUACACCAUGCCACCACCCUUCCCUCAGUAGAUAUGAUAUAUGCACAAUAAAUGGAACCAACAUGAUUUUUGUUUAGUCCUGAAAUCUUACAGUAUGAUGAUUAUUACUAUUAUUAUUAUUAAUAUUAUUAUCCUUUGUACUGUUUAACUUUGUUUUGCUUACAGCAGGGUUGGAAUUAUUCCGUAAACCCAGAGCAUUACAUGGAGUCAUAAAUACGUCUCCUAUAGUGCAACCAUGAUUGCUGCACUUUUCCUUGACUAUUUUUGGUUUUUUUGUUUUGUUUGUUUUUUUUGUUACAUUCCUCAGUAAUUUAUUUUUACUAGGUAAUACAGUGUUUUCAGUUUGUGGUAUGCCUAAAGUGAUGUUAUGGAGAUCAUCUAUAAAAGGGGUGCGUGUGGCCCUUUUCAAUAAAAAAUAAGAAAAGAUGGUAA